UUUUUCCAAAUAUACAUAUAUACACAAUUGUAUCGCAUUUUAUAAAUGAAUAUUCUUGAGAUUUCAUUGAUGCAUUGAGCUGAGCAUUGUGAUGUGCAGUUGAAUGAAAUUAAUAUAAUAUGUAAAUCAACAGUAAAACUAUUAUGCAUGAAAGUGUGAAGAGUAGGCAUUUUUUACAAUUUUCAAUAUAACUCAUACCUAAAAAUAUAAUUACAUAAAUUUGUUUCGCGUACGCAGGUACGCAAGGCUAAAGAUUACUUAUAUUGCUUUAUCAAAACAUCAGCGAUCUCAAACAACUUCCGGCAUUUUGAAAAGAUCUGUAUUACUUGAGGAAGGAAUAAAACCGUCGGAAAGGAGCGAUUGGUCAUUUGGUCGAAGGCAUGGAAAUCUUGUUAAAAAGUCGUAAAUUCUGGAGUGCAGAUCAACUGCGAAACUUACAAUGCAGAGCAAAUAUAAUUUAAGUAAGACUAAGAGCACGAUGAAUAUGGCCUGAAGAUUGCCAAUAGAGAAUGCUUAGUACAUAUAUAUCUGAAAUAAACAGCAGGCAAGGAGACAGUUAAUUCUAUUUGCUAUCAUAUUACCAUAUCCAAAUAAAUUUGAACAAGCCUCCAUAGCCAAGUAGAAUUUACGGGCGAUUUAUUUGUUUUUCUUCACGCUAUGGAUUAUCUUCCAUAAUUAAGGAAUAAAGCUACAGUAUAUUGUUCUUACACAUGUUCUAUGGGUACUUGAUUAUUUGUUUGUUGCAGUUUAAAUUAGAAUACUACUUAUUUUUAUUGAUUUUAUUUACUUGGAAUUAUUUGGGAAAGCUAAAUAGUUUUUAAAGAAACAUUCACGAGAAAGAUUUAAAUAAUUUUUGAAAUUUAUUUUAAGUUUAUUUACUAUUUUUUGUUUUGAAUUCCUUCUAUUCUAAACCGGGACAACACUGAUGAUCUUGAAUUUGUUUUGUUUAGUCUCAUAACAACGUAGAAUGUAUAGGACAUCAAAUGUCAAAGGCGUGUUUUUGUUUUUGCUUGGACUGUAUCUUUUGCAAAUUAUCAAUUGCAAGAAAGUAGUCAUCAUCGGAGCAGGGGUCAGUGGUUUAUCUGCCGCACGAGUGUUAUUUGAGAACGGCCAUUCGGAUGUGACAAUUCUUGAGGCAACUGACCGUAUUGGAGGCCGAAUAUUUACAACAGAAUUCCAAGGUCAUAUGUUUGAACGUGGCGCUCAGUGGAUACACGGAAAUGAUGGAAAUGUCGUUUACGAUUAUUUAUCUGAGGACACAAACCUGGAAGUAGACAGUUGGGCUGUAUAUCCAGAGUAUAAAUACUACAGUGGAAGACCUUUGACCCCAGCAAUAAAACAGUUUUUGUGGAAUUCCUCGGAUCUAAUGGAUUUAAUUGACGAGAAGCUAGAAACCGUGAGUGAUGACGAACUUGUCAAUACUUCACUUGGCGACCUAACAAGAAACAUAUGGAGACAAAAGUUACGACAAGUUAGAGAACUUGGUUUAGAUGAAUCACUGACUGAGCCAAUUCUUGUGAACAAAUUUGCAAACAUGGAGGUUUUGGAUGGCGCCCACCCUGACUUGGUGAAUAGUCUGUUAUGGAAUGAAUUUAUUGAAUAUGGUGACGACAUCAAGAUUCUAGAUGGGUAUCAGAGUUUACCAAUAAAAUUAAGCAAAACUAUUCCCUAUGGUGCAAUUCAACUCAACAGUAGAGUGGAAAAUAUACAAUGGGUUAUAGAAAAUGGAAGUGAAGUUGUAGUAAAAUAUUUGAAUAAGAGUAAUAAAACUCAAAUAAUAAACGCUGAUUUCGUGCUAGUGACAAUUUCUAUGGGAUGUUUGAAAAAAUAUCACAGAAAUCUUUUUGAACCGGAAUUACCUGACGAUAAGAAGACAGCAAUUCAAAGAAUUGGUUUCGGAACGAUAAAUAAAAUGUUUUUAUUUUAUGAUAAUCCAUUUUGGAAUUCUGAAAAAUUUGCUCAAAGAUAUAUUUUAUGGGAUUCGCAUGAAGAAUUUACAAAUGAAAUUCUCAAAGAUGAGUUUUUUGAUGAAAAUCAUUGGUGUCGUAACGUGCAUACAAUUACAAAUUAUGGUGAAAAUUUUCUUAUGAUUUGGCUAACUAAAUAUACAUCAAGUAUAAUUCGUAAACUUCCUGAAAUAGAUCUCAAAUUAACUACUACAAAUUUCUUGCGGAAGUUCCUAAACGAUCCAAAUAUACCGAGUCCUGAUCACAUCAUUUUUACGGAAUGGGACUUGGAUGACAAUUUUUUGGGUUCAUACAGUUAUCCUGCAAUUGGCCAAAAGGAACAGGACAAAGAAAUAGUCGCACAACCACUUUUUGUAAACGGAACAGCGAGGGUAUUUUUUGCCGGAGAAGCUUUGAGCCUAUCAAGAUAUAGCACUGUUGACGGAGCCUUUUCAUCGGGAAAAAAUGAAGGAGAAAGAAUAUUGGAAAUACUCAACGAAAAAUCGGUUUGAUGAUUUUCACAACACACAGCUAAACUUUAUGAAUCGGCGGUAUCUAUGUUGCUGGAGAGCUUGCUUAUAUACUUAGAUUAGGUUGCAAACGACAUGGAUCAUAGAAACUGCUUACAAUAAAGGUUCCCAGUGAAUGGUUUUCUAGCUUGUUUUACACACUAAAUUGACCUUUUUCAGGUGAUACGCCACUCUGUAGUCGCAAGUCGUAUCGUUGUAUAAAAUGGGAUAAUUAUUCUUCUUUGUAUACAAUAAAUUAACUUCUGGGCCAGGGGUGUGCAACCUUUACUACAGGAGGGCUUUAUUACAAGUAACUGAGUAAAUCCGCGAGACGCCUUCAGAUACUCUACCUACCAAAUGUUCUGGGUACCAAAUAUGGCACACAUAUCCUAGCGCCGCCGUCCAAGUUUUGAUUUGAAACAUUUUAAAAUUAUUUCAUUUUUUAUCGUAAUCGAAGACAGCGUUUGCCAGCUAACUUCAAUAGGAAGACGAUGAUGCGCGUGUAACAGCUAAGACACAAGAAAAUAGGAUAAAAAAAAAAUUGAAAAUUUUGAAUUUUUUUUGUUUGUUCUCAUUUUCGUGCAUUCUUCCUCAUCUGUCAACUUUAGUUUUGCCGCUUCCUCCCACUGUCCUCCGUCUUCGUUCAGCUUAGCCCAGUCGGCCAACGCCAAAGGUAAACAAGAGAGCUAUGCUAGAAUAUAUGGACACGUUUGAGGUAAAUGAAAGUAAUAGCCGUCUAAAGAAAGCACUGAAAAUUUCAGAGCAAUUGGUCCAGUAAUGAAAGAGAAAAGCGACUGUUUAGGUUCAGGUAAAAAGUGGGCGUGGCUUUCCACACGCUUUCUCACCUCUGAGCCACUUGAAAAAUUCCCAAUACUCGUGCAAAC